AUGUCUCAAAGACACUCAACAAGUGAAAAAUUAAAAAAUAAAAAUUCUUCAUCUCCAACCAAUCCUAAUGAUGAGCAACGUUAUUGUAUAUGUCAAAAACGUGAAGAUGAAUUAAAUGAUGACGAUAAUAAUGAUUUUAUGAUUGAAUGCGAUGGUUGUAAUGGUUGGUUUCAUGGUAAAUGUGUAGAUUUAGCUGAUCGAAUUGCUGAUGAUAUUGAAAAAUAUUUUUGUAAUGAAUGUUCAAAACAACACGGACCUUCAAUUUUUAAACAACGAAGAAAUCAACAUCGAAGAGAUUACAGUGAUACAAAUGCUGAUAAUAAACCAACACAAAGUGGUACACAAGAUUUUAUUAAUAAAUUAAAACGAAAAAUAUUUCCAAAUUGUGACCCUGUUAUAACUCGUUUAAAGGGUAAUCAAGUAACUGCUGAAUAUAUAGCACAAAAUGGUUUUACAAAACCAAUAUUAGUUACAAAUCGAGAUGGUCUUGAUAUGACAUUACCAAAUCGAACAAUAACAUUAGCAGAAAUAAAUGAACUUGUUGGACAUGAUCGUUUUAUUGAUAUAAUUGAUUGUGAAAAACAAGCGACUUAUAAAAUGAGUUUAGAUGAUUAUAUUGAAUAUUUUGAAAAUUUUGAAAGAAAUAAAAUUUACAAUGUUCUCAGUUUGGAAAUAUCAAAUACUAAAUUGGGUGAACAAGUUGUAACACCACAGAUUGUUCGAGAUUUAUCAUGGGCUACAAUUGGUGUAUGGCCAAUUAAGAAACAAGAAAAACAAACUGAAGAAGAAUUAGAUUCAAAUGAAAAUCAAAAGAAAAUAACAUGGCCAAUGCAGACAAUAGCAACAUCAUUAUCAAAAAAGAAACGUCGAACAGUUUCAUCAACAGAUACAGAUCAAAGUGAUGAUGAACAAUUUGAAGGCAUUGAUACAAAUCAUUUUGAAAAUUUUGAACGUCCUGAAGUAGCAAAAUAUUGUUUGAUAAGUCCACAAUCAUCAUAUACAGAUUUCCAUAUAGAUUUUGGUGGUUCAAGCGUUUGGUAUUCUGUUGUCCGAGGUGAAAAAAUAUUUUAUAUAAUUGAACCAACUGAUGAAAAUUUACAGAAAUAUGCUGAUUGGUCAGGGUCACCAACUGAAUCGGAAACAUUUUUAGGUGAUUGUGUAACUAAUUGUUAUAAAAUGCAUUUACGUGAAGAAAAUACUAUCUUUAUACCACCUGGAUGGAUUCAUGCCGUAUACACAGUGACUGAUUCGCUUGUUUUUGGUGGUAAUUUUCUUCAAUCAAUGGGUGUUGAUAUGCAGCUUCGUAUUUAUGAGCUUGAACGUCUUGCACAAGUUCCAAAUAAAUUUCAAUUUCCACUUUUUGAAACAUUUCAUUGGUACGCAGCUAAAAUAUUUUAUGAAGAACUUAAACAAUGUAAUGAAUCUAAUUCAUUAAUAAUCAAUCCAAUAACUCAACAAGCUUGUGAAUCAAUUAUUCAUUAUAUGAGUAAAUGGUUAUCAGCUGAUAAACGAUAUCAAAUUCGUAAUCGUUCAAUCAUACCAAAAGGAAUUAAUUGUGAAAAAAUUUUACGUGAUCUUGCUCGUGAACUUGAUCUAACACGUUGUGGAUCAUCAUGUAUUUCUAAACCACCGUCAAAUAGCAUCAUUGCAAGUCCAGUUAAAGUUGUACUUCCAAUGGAAGCGAAACAAGAAUUGAUUCAUAUUAAUAAUACUAAAAUUAAAGUUAAAUGUCGUCGUUUAUCAUCUGAAGCUGAAAACAUAAAAAAUAAAGAAUCAUCAGUUGGUGCUGGUAUGAAAUUAACUAUUAAAACAACAUUAAGUGGUUGUAGAAAACCAAGCAGUAAUAGAGAACUAACACCAAAUAUAAAUAAGAAAAAAACUGGACGAACAAUAUCAUCUGUUAAACAACAAAAAAAUUCAAAUACGAAUGAUAUUCCAGUAAAACAGGAAGAAUCACCUAAAAUUACUUAUACACUUGGUAAAAAUUUCAAACAAGGCUUUAUGAAUAAAUAUAACUUUGAUUUAAUGUCUUAUUUAGAUCUCGAAGCUAAACGACAACGUUUUAUUGAACCUGCUAAUAUUCAAUCAAAUCAUGAUGAAUCUGAUAAAGAUACUAAUAUAUCAUUAAAUGAUACAAAUAUCUCAUUAAUUCCUCGUGAAUCACAUACAGAUAUUAAUGAAAGUCAUGACAAUAAUGAAACCUUAGAAGGUAUAGCUGACGGUGGUCUUGCAUCAUUUGUGGAAAGUUCUGCAAUCAAUGAUGAUUAUUAUCAUCCAAGUAAAGAAAGUAAAAUAAAACGAGAACAUAGCUGUUCGGAUAAGAAAAUUCCAAUAAAGAAACUCAAAUCCAAAUCAUCAACAGAAACUGAAAAAAUAAAUAAAUUAACAAAAAAAAUAAAAAAUGAAGGUAAAAUGUUUUUUUAUUCUAUUUGGUUUUAUAUACGUAUAUUAUAUUAUUUAGAUCCAACGUCAUCUAAUUCCAAUCGAAAAAAACUCUUAACGACAGCAACAACAACAACAAUACCAAAAUCUUCAUCAUCAACGAAUAAUCCACAUGGAAUACUAACAAAUAAAAAACGUUUAUCAUCUUCUACACCAAAAAAACUUAACCCAAAAGAUCGUCUUGGAAAAAUUCUUAAAAUAGCAAAUAGCAUUAAAUCACGUGGUGGAAUUCUAACGUGA